UUUAUGUUUCCGUGGACAGAAUUUUACUGCUCUGCUUCUACGAGAGCGAAUUUAAUGCCGAGGGUGAAUGAAUCUUGCGAGCGAGAGGAAAAGGUGAAGGAACAGUAGCGCGACGCAUAGAAGGGCGGAGGAUAGCUGGGGAGAUAACAGACGCAGUGAGGGUUUUUACGCUGGAGCGAGAUUGGGGUUUUAUCUCCGUGCAAUUUGAGGGCUGGAAGGAGUGAUUUCUUUUUGAUCUAACUUCCCGCAUCGAUUCGUCUUUCUUGUUCGCCGGCUUCAUAAAUUGGGAAACAGAAUCAUGACCCAAGUGUGGGCUGUUGGCUUAGUAACUCUUUCUAUGCGCACAGAGUAUAUGCUUUAAUUCAUACUUUCAACCAUAUUCCUCUCUAUUUGUAUGAUUAGAAAUCAGUGGAUAAACUGUCAUGUUCUUUGGCUGCAUGAAUAUCCAUGCAUCCUGUUCUCAAAAUUGGAAGCAUAAUCUGGCAUCCUAUUUAGGUUUUUUCUUAAUAACAAUUUUCUUUUCAAGUCUUGAAGAUUGUGUGGUUAAAGGCUUAGAUUUAGAAAGGUUGACUCAAGAGUCAUUUGGAUCAGUUUCACUUGAUUCUUACUAUAGGAACCAGUAUCACCAGUCUGAAGAGGGUUCCUGUUUAUCUUCUUUGAAUUCCGUUUCUUGUCAGGACCUUAAAGGUAUUGGCUCAUUGAAUGAAACAUGCAUCAUAAGUUCAAAUCUAUCUUACACAGAUGACCUGUGUAUAUAUGGGACCGGGAACCUAGAGAUAUCUCCAGGUGUUUCUAUAAUAUGUGCUGCAAAAGGAUGUUAUGUGACUGUCAAUAUCUCAGGCAUAGUUAGAGUUGGUUCAUAUGCUGAAAUUAUUGCAGGAUCAAUCAUUUUUGUUUCAACCAAUCUUAGCCUCGACCUCCAUUCAACCAUUAAUACGGCAGCAUCAGGUGGGCCACCACCUGAGCAAACAAGUGGUACACCGAUUGGCUAUGAUGGAGCUGGUGGAGGGCAUGGUGGGCGUGGUGCUUCUUGUUUGAAAAGUAACAAAACAAAUUGGGGUGGAGAUGUUUAUGCCUGGUCAACAUUAUCUGAACCAUGGAGUUAUGGGAGCAAGGGAGGGAGCACCUCUGCUGACAAGCUCUAUGGAGGUGAUGGUGGUGGCAGGAUCAAGUUUGACGUUAGGGAUUUAUUGAAUGUUGAUGGAUUAGUAACUGCUGAUGGAGGCGCAGGAGGUCUCAAAGGUGGUGGUGGUUCUGGUGGAAGUAUAUUGAUUUAUGCUUUAAAGUUGAAAGGAAAGGGUACUAUCAGUGCUGCUGGAGGGAGUGGGUGGGGAGGUGGUGGUGGCGGGAGGAUAUCCCUUGUGUGUUAUGCCAUACAAGAUGUAACAAUCACUGUUCAUGGUUUGCACUAAGCAUAUGUCUCUGUUUGAUCAUAGUUUGUU